AUGUUAAUAAGCCCCGAAGGCCACAAAAUCCUCUGCACCUUGAGGUUCGGGUUUUCGGCCACCAAUAAUGAAUCCGAAUAUGAGGCCCUGUUGGCAGGGCUCUGCCUGGCAAAGGAAAUACGAGCUGAAUUCUUAGAGAUCUUCAAUGACUCUCAGUUGGUUGUCAACCAAGUACGGGGGGAAUACCAAGCCCUCUACACAAAGAUGGUGGCAUACUUACAGAAGGUACGUGAACUCUUAGCCACUUUUGAAAAAUAUGAAAUGCACCAAAUCCCCCAUUCCCAGAACUCUCAUGCAGACGCAUUAGCUCGCCUAGCAACUGCCCGGGAUGCAGAAUUCUUGGGAGACAUACCCGUGGACUUUUUAGCUACCCUGAGCACAGAACAACGAGUUGAAACGCUGGUGAUCACGGUGUCCCAAAACUCAUGGAUGACUCCUAUCUUAGAGUAUCUACGAGACGAAAAACUAUCGGAAGACAAGUUGGAAGCACGUCGUCUGCGAGCUCAAGCAGCUUGA